AUGGAAAUUGCAGAAUUUUCUGAAGGAAUUCGAAAAUUUCAAGGUGCAAAGUGAGUUUUUUUUAUUGAAAUUUUGAAAAUUUUUUUUCAAAAUUUUUUUUCAGAGAAAAAAUAGAUGAAUUUUUCAAAACUCUAGAAGAACUUCAAAAUGAGAUUGCCGAGAAAAAUGAGCUCGAAAAACACAUUGAAAAUUGCGAGAAAAUGAGCAAAGAUUUGGAGGCGGAAAGAAAAUCGCAUGCGGAAGAGUUGCGGCAAAUCAAUCAGGAUAUCAAUAUUUUAGAGGAUAUUUCGAAAAGUUUGCGAGGAGAAAUUGAAACUUCAAAACUCAAAAUUUCGAAAUCGUUGAGAGUUGUAAAAAAUGCGCGGGAAAAUUUGAAUUCGGAUUUGAAAAAUUUGAAUUUUGAGCAGGAGGACGUGUAUUUUGAGCCAACUCAAGAGGAAAUCAAAUAUGAACCGUUAGUUUUAGUUUUUUCCACAGAAAAUUUUUGUAGUUCUCGCGGACAGGCAAAAUUUUCCUCACCCGAAUAUUUCCAACCGAAGUUUUGGUAAGGAAAAAAUCACUCUGCUUCUCUGCCUCUCUUCAUCAAAUUUUCCAUACCAAAAUUUGGAUAGGAAAAUGUUCGUUGUGGAAAAAAUUCGCUUCUCCGCGAGAACUACAAAUUUUGGAGUGGAAAAUUUGAAUGAUUUUUUGCAGAAAACUUCUACCAUUCUCAUUCCCCUCAUUUUUGACCUCAAUUUUUCCGUCUAUUCCACCGCCACAAAUUAGUCCAAUCACACCUAACAAUUUGGUGAAUCGCCACAGAUUACCACCACAAUUUGUAGAGGCCAGCAAAAUGAAGGUAGGAUUUUUAAAUUUUCAAAAAACAUUUUGACCCCUUAAAAGCAAUUUUUCAGAUCUGCGAGAAUUGCGGAGCAAAAAUCCACAGAAAUGCUCCAACUUGUCCAAUGUGCAAAACCAAAACGAAAUCCAAAAAUCCGAAGAGAAAACGAAAAACCAAUGAUCAAUUUCAAUUGUAG